GAGCGCUGCGCGCCUCGCUGCAAGCGGCGAGCCGAACCGAGCCGAGCCGAGCCCGGCGAAGCCGAGCCAAACGAAACGAGCCGACCGAAGCCGAGCCGAGCCAUGCAGCUGGGCGCGCUGGGCCGGCUGCCGCUGCCGCUGGCGCGGGCGGUGCUGGCGGCGCUGCGCGGGUGGCUGGGCGCGCUGUGCUGGAGCCUGGCGCCGCUGUCGCUGUCCCUGCCGCUGUUGCUGUCCCUGCCCGGCUGGCGGCGGGUCUCGGCCCCCCGCCCCAGCGCCGCCGCGGGGCCCCGGCGGCAGCGGGAGCAGGAGCGGGACGGGGCGGCCCCGACGCCCACCAGCGUCAACUACCACUUCACCCGCCAGUGCAACUACAAGUGCGGCUUCUGCUUCCACACGGCCAAGACCUCCUUCGUGCUGCCCCUGGAGGAGGCCAAGCGGGGACUGGCGAUGCUCAAGGCGGCGGGAAUGGAGAAAAUAAACUUCUCGGGAGGAGAACCAUUUCUUCAGGACAGAGGCGAGUUUGUGGGCAAACUGGUCCAGUUUUGCAAGCAGGAUUUGAAGCUACCAAGUGUCAGCAUCGUGAGCAAUGGCAGCCUGAUUAGAGAGCAGUGGUUCAAGAAGUACGGUGAAUAUUUAGACAUUUUGGCGAUUUCUUGUGAUAGUUUUGAUGAAGAAGUCAAUGUUUUAAUUGGCCGUGGUCAAGGAAAGAAGAGCCAUGUGGAGAAUCUGCAUAAACUGAGACAGUGGUGCCGAGAUUAUGCUGUUGCUUUCAAAAUAAAUUCAGUCAUCAACAGAUUUAAUGUUGAGGAAGACAUGAAUGAACAGAUCAAGGCACUCAACCCUGUGCGCUGGAAGGUAUUCCAGUGCCUCCUCAUUGAAGGGGAGAACAGUGGUGAGGAUGCUCUGAGAGAAGCAGAAAAGUUUCUUAUCAGUGAUGAUGACUUUGAACGAUUCCUGGAUCGCCACAAAAAUAUCUCCUGCUUAGUACCAGAGUCUAAUCAGAAGAUGAGGGACUCAUACCUCAUUUUGGAUGAAUACAUGCGUUUUCUAAACUGUACAAAUGGACGAAAAGAGCCUUCCAAAUCUAUCCUGGACGUUGGAGUAGAAGCAGCUAUACAAUUCAGUGGAUUUGAUGAGAAGAUGUUCCUAAAAAGAGGAGGAAAGUAUGUGUGGAGUAAAGCAGACAUGAAACUGGACUGGUAACUCAAUUAACUGAGUUAUGGCACGUGCAUUUUGUGAAGAAAAUGUGUAUAUGUGUGUAUAUAUGUGUCUCUGUAUAUAUAUAUGUAUGUAUAUAGUGCUUUUAACUACACAUGGUAUAUUAUACAGAUCGAUGUUCAAUAACUUUGUAGGUGAAUAUUUUAAUGUUUUUGGAAUGUAGACUAUGUUCUUAUCUAUUGUUUGGUUGAACAUUACCAAGUACCAAUAGAAUUUUCAUAUAAAUAGAUCCCAGAAAUCUAGUUACUAGUUUAUUGUAUGAAGGACUGUAAGGGCAAACUGUUAAGAUAAUGCCACACAGGAAACAGUUUUAAGAUAAUAGAUAAGUGUGCAUGCAAGAAAACAAAAAAAGUCCCAAACUCUAACUCACUAUAACCAGCCAUAAUGAUUGAUAAGCGAAAAUUCUUAUCAGGAAACAUUUUCUGUGUAGUUCAUAUGGAAAGGUAUAUUGCAGUUCCUUACUAGAUCACAAGAGGGCCAACUUUGAAAGCAGCCCUGACUUUUUCAGGGACAGUAGAGGGUCAGAAUGUAGUUGUUAUUAUUUCUAAUAAAGAAUAUAUCAAAAAGGAAAUCAAGAUUAAAAAUUCACAAUUUUAAUUCCUAAAUCUUAAUUGUAGAGGUGUUGUUCUUCUCCCUCUCCUGCAUACACAUGCACAGUAUUUGCAAAAAGGUUAGGGGAUGUAAGUUUCUGUGAAAACAAUGCUUUGGUUAUGAUGUUGCUGCUCAAAACAUAGGAAAUGCAUUUUAUCCAAUGGUGAGCAACUUCUUAUUUCACAUUGGCAAUGACCUUUACUCUAACAAAUAUUUACAGUGAAAACAAUGUUUGCUUUUUAUUCAUAACUUCCUCCACUUCCCUUUUCUCAACCAAUCUUUAUUUUUUGUUUGUUUGUUUGUUUGUUUUUCUCUUCUCAUCUGUACAAUUCUGUUGAAGAUUCCUUAUGGAAUGAAUGAAUACGGCACACACUUCUCACUGCCUUCUGUUGAUUGCUAGGUCUGUGUUAUUCCCAUGCUUUUUAUUUCGCUAAACCAUGGAAUUACAAAUGACAAAGUUCAUAUAUCAUGUAACCUUGUUUUAAAGGUCGCUUGGCUCAGUAAUCACUCUUACUUGCUAGUUACCAACAUGCAGGUCCUAAGUGAAACUAAUUAGGUUUUGUGAUGGCUGCCUUGGGUUGAAAGAGCUAGCAGCAUCAACCUAAAGUAGAGUAAAGUUAACAGCCCUGCAAAGGCAAUAAUUUAAUAUGCUGUCCUCUUUUUUUUUCCCCCCUCUGGUAAUUUUUCUGGCUUUAUAUUACAGUUUUUCAAAUUUAAUAAGCCCUCUUCCAUGUAUAGCCCUGUGUGAAGGCAAUGGGGAUAAGCUUUGCACGAAACAGAAUUGAGCUAGCAUGCCUAGACUUUUUCACAUGUUUAAAUAUUGCAGCAGCUGGGACCCAGCAUGCACUAAAUACAGCAUGUAAAGAAAAUUGCACUUUCUUUCCUUUUUCUGAUAAUGUAAGUUGAUUUUUUUUUAGAGUUUUCAGAGUUCUGUUUCCAUUUUUACUGUCCUAACUUUAAAUGUACAGUCUUAAUGGUGCUGGCUUGUUGCAAUCCCUGUACUUUCUAUGCACUUACAUUUCAGUAUUUUUUUUUCUUCUAUUAGUAUUAAGGAUACUUAAACUGUGGCCUGCACACAUUAUGCCCAGAGUCUUUUGGCAGCUAUUUUACUGACCUCAGCUGGAGUUCUGCCUGAGGAGCAACUAUGGGCAAAGCAAAUCUAUGCAAUUGUGGUGUUUGACUUCCUCGUUGUUCCCAUUGCUCAAAAGCUGAAUCUAGCAUCUUCUUCAGCAUAUACACCGCAUGGUAGAGAAGAGGCAUUUUUCUUUGCUGCUGGCUCAGUCCCAGCAUGAGCAAAGAUUAGUGCAUCAAUGUAACACUAAAUCUACCAGCUUGCUGCCUCUGCUGAAAAUGCCAGCUGUAUCACAGCACAGAGGCAGGAGGGGCACAAAGCCCCGUUCAGCUCCAAAGGUGCUGCCGUUCUUUGCUGUGGCACUUCUCUCUGUAAAUGGUCAUUCUUUUGCUGCAAGAGAUCCUCUAUGCCUGAGGUUGAAGCUACAAGCUAAAUAAAAGGCACAUGAAAAAGUGAAAUUGUAUGAAUAGUGUACAGACAUUGAAGAUUGCUUUCAUCAGAUGGUUGAGUUCUUAUUUUUGGCUUUCAAAAGAUUUUACAUUGCCUCUUAUGACUACACCUAAUUUAGGAAAAGUGUCUGUUCCGAUACCUUUUUUCUGAAGGAAAUAUCAGUUGUGUACAUCGGAAAUGAAGACUUUGGCUUAAUUUUCAACAUGGCUACUGCUUGAUUAACCUAGAAAGACUUUUUUUGUAGUUUAUAAACAGUUUUUACUGGAAAAAAAUGGAUUUUAGGCUUUCAUUCUGCAGCUGUGUCAAACUUUCACAUGGGACUAGAAACAUAAUAUUAAAUUCAACAGGGCUACUCCCAGGCUGAGAGAUUACAUGUACAUUGUGACUGUGAAGAGUCAGGAUUUAAAUUUAAGUCCUGUAAACAUAGAUAUGCUUAAUUGUAUUUUCAUACAAUUGUGUAAUCUCAUAGUACUGCAACUAAGCACGUGCUAAAAAUGCUAGAUCAGGCAGUAACUUAGACCGUAGUUUAUUAGUAUUAUGCAGCUGUUCAUAUUUGUAAAAUUUGUAGAGAAUGAGAAUUUGAGAGAAUGAAUUAAUGAAAUUAAAUCAUUCAGAAUAUACCUUGAGUGAGGAAUAAAGCUGUCAUAUUGUAGCAUUUUCGGAUGUUCUCUUUUUCAAUGUGAAGGAUACCUGAUGUAUUUGAAUGUUACAAAUAAUGAAAUUUUAAAUGACACUGUCACAGAAUUCAUACUAUUUUACACAUUAAUAUGUUGCACAUUGCAAUAAAUGUUUCUAUUUUCUUAA